AUGGCUUGUUUAACUUAUAUUAUGGUGAUGGAUUAUGCUGUUGUACUAGUGCUUCUCCUCACUUCCAUUGUGCAAAUUCAUGCUCAGGAGAAGACUUAUAUUAUCUACACAGGCGCUAGCAUGAAUGAUGAAGCUGCUUCACUUUCCAUUCAUGAAAACAUGUUACAACAAGUUGCCGCUGACAGGAAUGCAGCACCGAAGUCUCUAACACACCACUACAAACGUAGUUUUAGUGGCUUUGCUGCGAAGCUAACUAAAGAAGAAGCAGAUAAAGUGGCUGGACUUGAUGGGGUGAUAUCUGUCUUUCCCAGUACAAAGAGACCACUUCAGACAACAAAGUCUUGGGAUUUUAUUGGCUUUCCAUUAAACGUGGAAAGAACAAAUGCUGAACGUGAUAUAAUCAUCGGAUUAAUUGAUACUGGAAUCUGGCCAGAAUCUGAAAGCUUCAAUGAUAAAGGAUUAGGUCCCCCACCUAGUAAAUGGAAGGGAACCUGUCAAACCUCUUCUAAUUUCACUUGCAACAAAGAGACAAAAAUUUCAUUACUAAUAGAUGUUCUUUUGUUCUUGACUUCUGGCAGUAAAAUAAUUGGUGCUAGAUGUUACGGAGAAGAAUCCUUGAAUAAAGAAUUCUUGUCUCCAAGAGACUCAAUUGGGCAUGGGACUCAUACUGCUUCAAUAGCAGCUGGUAACCCAGUUAGCGGGGCAAGCAUGUUAGGCCUGGCAGAAGGAACAACAAGGGGAGGGGCAACAUCAGCACGUAUUGCGGUCUACAAAGUCUGCUGGGACGACGGAUGCGAUGAUGCAGACAUUUUAUCUGCAUUUGAUGAUGGAAUUGCUGAUGGGGUUGACAUCUUUUCGGUCUCAAUAGGAGCGAGUGACACUGACAAGGCUGGAAAUUAUCUUGGAAACAGUAUAUCCAUAGGAGCAUUUCAUGCCAUGAGGCAUGGGAUACUGACAAUAGCAUCGGCUGGGAACUCGGGUCCAACACUUGGGGCUGUAGAUAAUGUUCAUCCUUGGUCAAUUUCUGUGGCGGCUAGCACCAUAGAUAGAAAUUUUGUGACAAGAGUAAAAUUAGGAGACAACAGAAUUUAUGAGGGAAUCUCAUUAAAUACAUUUGACCUUAAGGGAAAAUUAUAUCCUCUCAUCUUUGCGGGUGAUGCACCCAAUACUAAAGCAGGCAUCAAUGGAUCUAAAUCAAGGUUUUGCAACCAUGGUUCGUUGGACCAAAAUUUGGUGAAGAACAAAAUUGUUCUCUGCCAGAGUGCAUACCCAAAUGAAACUGGUCCCGCUGGUUUCCUCUCAACCGCUCAAACUUCUGCACCACUCGCACUCGCUUAUGCCUUGCCUGGAUCUUACCUCGACUUGAAGGAUGCUGUCUCUAUAUUCAAAUACAUAAGAUCCACAAGGGAUUCAAGUGCAACCAUAUUUAAGACCGAUGAGUUAGAAGAUAUUUCAGCCCCUGAGGUAGCCAAUUUCUCAUCAAGAGGUCCAAACUUAAUUACCCCUGAAAUUCUCAAGCCGGAUUUGACUGCUCCUGGAGUAACCAUCCUAGCUAGUUGGUCUCCAAUAGCCCCUGUUUCGGACUCUGAUUAUGACCGCAGAGAGUUAAAAUUCAAUAUUAUGUCAGGCACAUCAAUGUCCUGCCCACACGUGUCUGGUGCAGCAGCUUACAUCAAAUCAUUUCAUCCUACGUGGUCUCCUGCUGCUAUUCGUUCAGCUUUAAUGACAACAGCGAAACCGCUUAGUCCCUUGAAUAACGUGGAAGCAGAGUUGGCAUAUGGAGCAGGCCAGAUUAGUCCAUCCAAGGCGUUGACUCCUGGUUUAGUAUAUGAUGCUACAGAAAGGGACUAUACAAGUUUUUUGUGUGGGCAGGGCUAUAGUCUAAUGUCUAUACAACUCAUCAUGGGGGGUAAUACCAGCUUCUGUGGGACAACUAAUGAAUCAGCAAGGGAUCUAAAUUACCCUUCAUUUUCUCUGCAAGUCCCUCACUCAGAUCAUACUGUAUUUGCCAGGUUCAAGAGGACAGUCACAAAUGUUGGCUCUCCAAUGUCAACAUAUAAAGCCACUGUUGUGACUGCUGCUAAGGGUCUCGAAAUCAAAGUGACACCAAAUGUUUUGGCAUUCAAUUCUCUUGGUCAAACAAAAACAUUUGUGCUCACUCUUGAUGGAGCGCUAACUGAACCUAUUGUGUCAGCUUCUUUGGUUUGGGACGAUGGAACAUUCCAAGUGAGAAGCCCAAUUGUCGUGUUUGAUGUAGUGGGUUUUAAUCCAUCCACACCAGCUUCCCAUUCCACAUCUUUUUCUCCUUGUCUCUCUUUGCUUUUCCUAUCUCUCAUUUUUUUCACCCACUUAUCUCUCUUUGGGUGUGUAUGA